AUCUACAACUUAUUUCUUCCUGAAGCAGACGGAGGGGAGAAGAUGGCGGAGAUAAAAAUAAAAAUGGACAAGACAGCGAUCAUCCUGUCCGCGAUUGUCGGGUCUCUGGGAUUGUUGAGUGCCAUCUUGGGAUUCGCGGCAGAGGGGGCAAACACUACUAACCCGACGCCGGCGCUGGGGAUCUGCGCCCUCGUCUUCCUGCUGAUGGCCCAGAUCACCGUCUCUGCGGUCAGUGGCUGCUGCGGCUGCUGCAAGUCCCGUGCAAUUCCUUCCGAGACCAAGCGUGUCGUCGGCAUCGUUUGCGCAGUCGGCUCCUGGAUAGCGGCGGUGGCCGGGUGCGUGAUGUUCGAGGAAAGCGCGGCCCUGAACUUCAGGGGCUACUACAUUGGCGGACUCUACGCCGGCGGGGGCGUGCUUGCCCUCGCCGCCACGGCGCUCGGCAUCGCCUCAUACAUCUUGCUGCGGGGUCAGCCGGCGGCGGCCGCAGCCAAAACGCCAGGGGAGCAGCCGGCGCCUGCCGGGAUCGCAAUGGGCCAGCCGCAGUUCCUGCCAAACAUGCAGUCCCCUGCUCAAGGCCGGGGGCAGGUGUAGCUCCCGGCAUCGUCGCCUUGUCAUGUGUACUGAUGUUGAGAGAUGACGUGCCAUGCAUAUAUGCAUGGUUUAGUGUUGAAAGCGAACUGAUACCCCGCGUGAAACCAAUGUCAGAUUCUGUAUUUGUUU